UAAAUAGAUGAGCAAUCCUGUAAUAGCAUCAGCCCAAUGCUGUGGCUUGGAGUGAAUUCUCAGAAAACUCUGUAUUCUGGUUUUUCCCUAGUGUAGAGAUGGAUUUGUUUAAUGUGUUGGUGGCCCUGUUUGCAGUGGUGGUGGGUGGCAUCUUGAUAUCUAAGCUGAGAUCAAAGAAGCUGAAGCUACCCCCUGGUCCUCUGGCAGUACCCAUUUUUGGAAAUUGGCUCCAAGUUGGAGAUGAUUUAAACCACCGGAACCUCAGCGAUUUGGCCAAAAAGUAUGGGGAAAUAUUUCUGCUGAAAAUGGGGCAGAGGAAUCUGGUGGUCGUUUCUUCACCUGAUUUGGCCAAGGAGGUUUUGCACACUCAGGGGGUUGAGUUCGGGUCUCGAACCCGCAACGUGGUGUUUGAUAUUUUUACUGGAAAAGGGCAAGACAUGGUGUUCACUGUCUAUGGAGAACAUUGGAGAAAGAUGAGGAGAAUAAUGACUGUGCCGUUUUUUACUAAUAAAGUUGUUCAGCAGUAUAGAUUUGCUUGGGAGAAUGAGAUUGCACAGGCCGUGGCGGAUAUUAAGAAGCGGCCUGAAUCUAGGACUACUGGAAUUGUGAUUCGCCAUCGCUUGCAGCUCGUGAUGUAUAACAUUAUGUAUAAGAUGAUGUUUGAUAGACGGUUUGAGAGUGAGCAGGAUCCUCUGUUUUUGAAGCUCAAGGCCUUGAAUGGGGAGAGGAGCCGACUGGCGCAGAGUUUUGAGUAUAAUUAUGGAGAUUUUAUUCCUAUUCUUAGGCCCUUUCUCAGAGGAUACCUUAAGAUCUGUAAGGAGGUCAAAGAAAGGAGGCUGUCCUUGUUUAAGGAUUACUUCGUUGAGGAACGAAAGAAAUUGGCAAGCACUAAAGGCCCUGUGAGCAUGAGUGAGAAGGUUGCAAUUGAUCACAUCUUGGAAGCCCAGGACAAGGGUGAAAUCAAUGAGGAUAAUGUUUUGUACAUUGUGGAGAACAUCAAUGUUGCAGCAAUUGAGACUACUCUAUGGUCCAUGGAAUGGGGAAUUGCAGAGGUUGUGAACCACCCUGAAAUUCAACAAAAGAUUCGGGAUGAGGUUGACACUGUUCUUGGCCCUGGUGUUCCAAUUACAGAGCCAGACAUCGUCAAGUUGCCCUACCUUCAAGCUGUAGUCAAGGAAACCAUGAGGUUACAUAUGGCAAUCCCAUUGCUAGUUCCCCACAUGAACCUUCAUGAUGCUAAGCUUGCUGGCUAUGACAUUCCAGCCGAGAGUAAAAUCCUGGUGAAUGCUUGGUGGCUUGCCAAUAAUCCCGAAUGGUGGGACAAAGCUGAUCAGUUUAUCCCUGAAAGGUUUUUGGAUGGCAAGAUUGAAGCCAGUGGAAAUGAUUUCAGAUACCUACCAUUUGGUGUUGGUAGGAGAAGUUGCCCAGGAAUUAUCUUGGCUCUGCCCAUUUUGGCCCUGGCCAUUGGUAGGCUGGUUCAGAACUUUGAGCUCUUGCCCCCACCUGGGCAAUCCAAGGUUGACUUAAGGGAAAAGGGAGGACAAUUCAGCUUGCACAUUCUUAAUCACUCAGUUGUUGUGGCCAAACCUAUAGUGUGAUCAACAUGCCCACACACUAUAAUUUAUGCCCCUUUACAGGAGUCUGCUUCAAUAACUCUCCCAUAUCCCAGUGUUGCAGGCAAAACUCAAUUAAGGGUUUCCUUAAAAUUCUACAAAAUGUUUGUUAUUGUUCUUCCUGUAAUUGUUAAUUUAUGUGAGAGUGUGGUUUUAGAAUUGUAUACUUAAGGUAUACACUGUAAGUGUACAUGGAUGUGAUGUCAGAGCAGAGAGGAAAUAAUUGUCAUGGCCAUAUGUGGUUUUAUGUACAAGGCAAAUGUGUCCUUUUAUGUACAAGGAAAAUGUUUCACUUCAUGUCAUUUUAUGUACAAGGCAAAUGUUUCACUUUA